UCAAAAUACAAAGUUAUCAAUAUAUUUUUUGUCGGUAGUUGUGCAUUUGUGUCAAUUUGACCUUUUCAAAUGUGGGUAGUUAAAAAUCUGUUAAUAGUUGUAGUAAUCAAGGGCAGGUGGUCGUCUGCGCUAAUUAUUUAUUACAAAAUGGACGACUACAACGAGGAAACUUUUGCAUCGGAUUUUGUGGAAAACCUUAUAGAAGAAUUUGAGAAAGAAGCACGAGUAGAGGCUGCAUGGCCGAUUCUUGUGGUGAGCUCGAAGAUCAGAAACCAAGUUUGGAACAUUUGCGAGUCUGUGGGCCAGAGCGCCCGAGGCGUCCCGGCGACGGCGUGCCGACUGCUCGAGCGGUUCCUCUCGAUGAGCUCACAAAAAUAUUUAAAAGAACACAGAGAUACUGUAUCGUGGGAAAGGUAUAAACAGACGUUGGGAAAGCAGUUGUACCUUAUAAUAGUGGCGUGCGUCCAACUGGUGGCUAAGAAUUGUGAUCGCGUCACUCACGUGCCCGCGUCUCUGAUGAGAGCUGUGCUUUUGAAAGCCGGCAUCCAACACUCCAAGUCCGAGAUAUUGGCAAUGGAGAUCAAUGUGUUCAAAACUUUAAAUUACCGUUUGCCUACGUGGACGACCUUGGAAAUUGCUGAGUUUCUAGCAUCCUUGCUGGGCUUGAGCAAGGACGCUAAGAUUAGAAACACCCUCAUCCCGAUUAUGAAUCUGACAGAAUACCACCGAGACGUUUUAGAGUACCACGUCAAGGCCUGGGAUGAGGCUAUCCGUACUCCCGGAUCAUCAUCCUCCAAGCCGGCGGGCAGUACUGUCCACAACCUGCACAUGUGCGCGGGCGUGGUGUCGGCGGCGGUGCGCCACCUGCGCCCUCCCGAGGCCAACGACGCGGCGCAGCGCCUCGCCGCCGCACUCCGCGCCGACGCUUGCUACAUCAAGGCAAUCUCCGACGUCAUCGUCAAACGCAUCCUGCCCGAACGGAAGAAACCAGUCACCAAUAUACUCAAGAGAAAACGGCGCCGGUAGAUAGUUGUCAUUAUCACAUAUUAUAAUACUUAUUUUUAGGUAAAGGGCAUGAUUUUUUUUGCUAUUUAUUUCCCCGCACUAGUGUCCUGUGAUCAUCGUUUUACGCUGGUAUUGAUAAGACCAAGAAGCUCAAAAGUGGUUAGUGUGGGUAAAGCUUUAGCAAUUAUGACAUGCUACUUAAAAAAACGCAAUAUAAAAUGGGAUGGGAUAUUUUACGGUUCCUUUGCGCUGGCUGCGAAGGUUUAUCGUACUUCCUAUAUUUGGCGUCUCAUUUCUUCGGUAAUUGUUAAAUCAUUUAAUGUCAUUUAUUGUAUAUGCUUAAUUUGCAGUCUACUGCCAAAACAUUAUGUAAGCAAAGCAUUUUCGACGUCUGUAUGAGUUCUAACGGCUUAAAUUUUCUCUAAAAUCUUCCAUCGACAUUUAAGAUCUUUUUCUUCAAUGUAGGUACUAGCUCUGUGUAUCCCCUAACAUAUUUACAAUUGCUACCACAGCCCAUUUUUGCUAACGUCUUAAGUAUUAAGAUAAAUCUGACAUUCUGUGUACGUAUUUUAUUUAAUACGUAAUGCAUAAUUUAAUUGCUGCUACUUAAUUUAUCAUAUAUUAUUGAGUCGUUACACGCAUUAAGAGUUCCAGAGGUCCAAAAAACGGUCUAUAUGUUACUGCAUACCCAAAAGCGAAUUGUUCUUUCAUAUGUAGAAAAAAUGGAUUCAAGACAUUGCAACUUCUUUGUUGACGGUGGCCUGUUAUAGUAUUGACGACGGCUCCAAGUUUCAGUAACACAGUAGUUUGGCGUUUAAACUAUGUACCUAAAUAAUUACGUGGGUCCAUAACAAGUGUGGAUAUAUUAGUUCAAAAGUCUUUUACACGGGUAACGAUACCUACUAUUUUUCUCUUUAUCAAUAUGAUUCUUCACCUGUAUUUAUAAGCCAUUAAACAGUUACAUUUACCAAUUCUUCAUUAAAUUCAUUAAACAUGUCUUUUUUAUUUCAAUACCAGCAUUGAAAUAAAAAAGACAUGUUUAUACUUUUUUCAAUUUAUAAUGACUAUGUAUAAUCAGUUAAAACUGACGAAGAAAUGUGAUUUAACUUUAUGUUCUAGCACUCUUACGCACUAGCGGCUGACUGUAGCAAGUAGCUGGUCUCUUAAUUUUUUUGCAAGCAACUGUUCUUUGUCACUAGUGCGUGAAAGCGCUAAACUUCUUUAACAUGUAAAAUAAUUUAACUAUAAGCUCAAUAAGUAAAUGCUAUUUUUGUACUUU